AAAGCAGUUUAACCUUUAAUCAUUCUAGCAACAACACACCCGCGUAUCCUGGCAUGACCACAAGCAGCCGCAGAACCUUUUCCCGACCCUCACCGGUGUACACUUCAAGCGUUUCACAAAGCUUAGUUCCGCCCAUCAAUGCAUCAGGUUCCAAGAUGGCGACGUCCAUGGCACUGAGUUUGGACAAUUUACCUUCGGAUCCCUUACUGUUGAUUUUAUCUUUUCUUGAUUUCAGGGACUUGAUCAGCUGUAGCUUUGUGAGUCGUCGACUCAAUGAGCUGUCGGGCCACAAUCCAUUAUGGAAGAGACACUGUUUCAAACACUGGCUUGUAACUGAAUCGGAAAAAACACAAAAGGGGCAGACAUGGAAGGAUCUUUUCCGAUGGUACUAUGCCGAUUUGGGUCGUUAUAUAGAACACUACAGCAACCUGAAGAAGGCCUGGGAUGAUCUGAAAACUUACCUGACACAGAGAUGCCCGAGAAUGAUCGAAUCCCUCAAAGAGGGCGCUAAGGAGGAGGAACUUGAUGCCAUUGAGGCCCAGAUUGGCUGCAAGCUACCCUGUGACUACCGCUGUUCUUACCGAAUACACAAUGGGCAGAAGCUAGUGGUGCCCGGAUUGAUGGGAAGCAUGGCCUUGUCCAACCACUAUCGCUCUGAGGACCUUCUGGACAUUGAGACGGCAGCAGGGGGCUUCCAGCAGCGGAAGGGCAUGAAGCAGUGCCUGCCCCUCACCUUCUGCUUCCACACAGGCCUCAGCCAGUACCUGGCCCUGGAGAGCACUGAAGGACGCGCCCGCAGUGAGAUCUUCUACCACUGUCCUGAUCAAAUGGCCCAAGAUCCCUCAGCAAUUGACAUGUUCAUUACAGGGUCAAGCUUUACGGAGUGGUUUACCUCAUAUGUCCAUAAUGUGGUGACGGGGGAGUACCCUAUCAUCAGGGACCAGAUCUUCAGGUAUGUCCACGACAAACAAUGUGUGGCCACCACAGGUGACAUCAGUGUCUCCGUCUCUACCUCCUUCCUGCCCGAACUCAGUUCUGUGCAUCCUCCACACUUCUUCUUCACCUACCGAAUCAGGAUUGAGAUGGCCAGAAAUGCCCUGCCUGAGAAUGCCUGUCAGCUGGACAGUCGCUACUGGAAGAUCACUAACGCCAAUGGCAAUGUGGAGGAAGUGCGAGGCCCGGGUGUGGUCGGGGAGUUUCCUGUGAUGACCCCUGGCAAAGUGCACGAGUACGCCAGCUGCACCACGUUCUCCACCACGUCCGAGUACAUGGAGGGACAUUACACCUUCCACCGGCUAAAAAAGGAGGAGGUCUUUGACGUCCGCAUCCCUCGCUUCCACAUGGUCUGCCCCACCUUCCGUGAGUCAGUCGUCCGUUCUCAGAACUCCGUAAGCGAUGUCUCCAUCGCCCCCUUUCAUGAGGACAACUCUUCUGACACAGAUGACUAUGAUGAGGGGGAUCUCCGUGGCAUGAACCUGGCCGCCCCUGCAGGCCGCUGCCCACGCCACGUCUGACACUGCCCCAAGGCCCAGCACUCUGAGAGGGGCCAGUUGACCGCUUGUCAGGGCUUAACAACUGACGCCUAAGCUUUUUUUUUUUAUUAUUAUUAUUUAACUGUUUUUAGCACAGCAGGCUUUGGGAUACAGGCUGGUCUGCUUGCCCCUCUCGUCAUUCUUCCACAGCAAGUUAAAGCAACCAGUCCUCUUAUGGUGUGAUGAUGAACAAGUACAGGCGCAUUGCUUUACCUUAUUUGUUGGAAGCAAAUAGUAGGAUGUCAUAAGAUGGGUAUGCUCCUGGUAAGUUACACUACAAGUCACAAAGAAAAAUGUCUCCAACUCAGAGAUGGGUGCAGGUUGAUUUCUCCACUUCACUUCGGUCCACUUCACUCAUCUUACCAAAUCAGCUUCCCUGCAUCAGUGCAGCUGCUUUGUUUCCCAGUAAAACAAGGCCUUGCCACUAGUACUAUGAACCAGUGGACUCAUUCAGUGAUGCAACAACCAAUUAGAUCGGAUCAGAUAUUCAGAUAUCGCCACUCCAGUAUUUUGACUCCAACAUGAGACAAAACAUAAAGUAACUAUGACAAAGAUACUAAGUAUUAUGACAUUGCAAGCAUGGGGUUGAUAUAUACAAAUAUUCAUUGUAAAAUGUGGUAUUGGCCUUUAAACAUUGAUAGUUUAAAGGUUCAAGGGAGGCAAUCAACAACAUUCAUUCUAUGUUGCGUAAAGAUUGUUUUUGUACAAUUUUGUAAGGAACAGAGAAGUGAUAAGUUAAAAAAAAAAAAAAGCACAGGACUCAGAUACUACAAUAAGACCUUUAUCCUUUCGAACCCACUCUUUGGUCACUUGCUCUCCCACACAGACAAUUGAAGGUUUUUUGCGAUGUCGAAUUCCCAGGCUUCACCCUGAUUUAUUGUUGCAGUUUUUAGCUUUUUUUGUCAUCCAGUGUUUUCUAUGGAACCUGAAUGUGAAAAGGCCCCAGUCAGGUGCAGCAGAUGGAUGCACCUCUUUCUCCUUGUAUGAACACUUAUGUUUUAGUGUGAACAGAGAACUGGACUUUAUAAUGAUCUGGUUCAAACUAAACAAAAGUAUUUGAAUAAGUACCAAGUCAAGAUUUCUUUUUUCAUGUUUUGCCAAGUGUUCUACCCUUUUUGGUGUACAGUAUAUAUAUGUAUAGAGAGAUGAGGUUUUUUUUCUUUUGUCAUAUUUUUAUUGUGGGUGAUUGCUAAUUAAUGUUUUAAUUAGUUUCUCCUUUGUUUGGAAAAUAAGCUGUGCAAUAGAGCUUUCAUUUCUUUAAAUCUUUUUGCAUCAAGUGUAUCAAUUAUAUUUUUUCUUUAUAAAUGUGUGUCAUGUUUUUCAUGUUUCGGGUCAAAUAAACAGUAUGCUUUA